CACACCUCGAGAACAUCUGCACUCUACUAGAAUUAUUAUAGUAAAUAACUGCCUGUGACAAGUCUGAUACUACGGUAGUUGACGGCUGACAGUCCGACAUUGUAGACGCGUGUCCGGUGUAUGUCCGUCGGGAAUUUAACAAUUUAUACUUUUAUUUUUUCUCUGCAACUGUCUAAUUUUUUAUAUUUUACAUAUUUUGAGCUGGUAUAAUUUGAUUCUGAGCAAAGUUAUAACAAUGACUUACAAAUUAACAUAUUUCAACUUCACUGCUCUGGGUGAACCCAUCCGAUUCCUGCUGUCAUAUUUGAAUAUUGAUUUUGAAGAUAAACGAAUCGAAGUCGAACAAUGGUCAUCAGUUAAACACACCAUCCCGUAUGGUAAAGUCCCGCUGCUGGAAAUCGAUGGUAAAGUGUUGAAUCAAUCUUCGGCCAUCUGUCGUUAUUUAGCUAAAAAGGCUAAUUUAGCUGGUAGCGAUGAUUGGGAAUCUUUGUUGAUAGAUAUUGCCGUUGACAAUUUUCAAGAUUUUCGUAUGAGUAUAAUAUCGUAUUAUUACGAUCCAAAUGAAAAAUCUAAAGCUGAAAAGUAUGUUACGUUGGUGAAUGAAACUAUUCCAUAUUACAUGGAACGAUUUGAAAACAUUGUUGUUGAAAAUAAUGGAUACUUUGUAAACGGAAAGUUAUCUUGGGCUGAUUUAUUCUUUGUAGCUAUUUUGGACUACUUAAAAUUUAGAUCAGAAAUUGACUUAUUGAAAGGUCGUCCUAACUUACAAGCUCUCCGAGAGAAGGUAUUAGCAGUACCCACGAUUAAAUCAUGGAUUGCAAAACGACCAGUGACUGUUGACAUUGCAUAAUUUCGUCGUCUUUAUUAGAUAUAUUUAAUUAAAUCAUAUAAUACCCACUAUAAAAUUAGAUCUAAGUACCACGUACAUAUUUUAAUACGAUAUGGAUGGUAAAAUGGUUUGUUUAAAAAUACUUGCUUUCCGAUUAUAAUAAUUGCGGACAUAUUAUAAUAUAUAUAUUGUAUUAUUUACAUUGUAAGCUAAUGUAGUCAAUUUGCAACAGAAUAAAGUCAAAAUGUACAGUUA